CGGCAUGACGUCAGAGUCGUCGAACAUUCUGAGCGCGUCGAGCGUCAGGCGGUUCAAAGAGGAGCAAAGAUGGCGGAUAACAAAGGCCAUGAUAGUACGGAGAGCUCCGCUAACAUGGAGGUAGCGGCUUCGGGAGGAGAAGAUAACGGUGAUGGCGGCGCGAAGGACCAGGACACAGCCGUCUUAAUCGAUGCGGAGCCAAAGGACGGAGGGGACGGGGUUAAAUCCCAAGAGACGGUUUCCCAAGCGCCGACGACAUCCAGCGACGGAGCUCCAGACGGGACCCCAAAUGUUGAGAACAGCGAGCCACCUUCGUCGGCCGCGGAAAACAGCGGCGCGUCACCCGCUCUUACCACCGAGAUGUCGCCUCCUCCACCAGCAGCACCAGCAGCAUCAUCAUCGUCAUCCUCUACUUCCUCAACGCCUGCCGCCCCGAUAAACCUGCUGGAUACGUGCGCUGUAUGUAAACAGAGCCUCCAGAACCGCGAUUGUGAACCCAAACUGCUGCCCUGUCUGCACUCCUUCUGCCUGAAGUGCAUCCCGCAGCCAGAGAGGAAGAUCACGGUCCCGGUGCAGGGCCCUCACGGUCAGGACACACACAUCGUGAACGUCAUGCGUUGUACAGUGUGCCAUCAAGAGUAUAAACAGACUGACAUGGUUGACAACUACUUUGUCAAAGACACUUCAGAAGCCACGAGUGCUUCAACAGAGAACUCGACACAGGUCUGCACCAGUUGUGAAGAUAAUGCCAGCGCUGUCGGAUUCUGCGUGGAAUGCGGGGAGUGGCUUUGUAAAACCUGCAUCGAAGCGCAUCAACGGGUCAAGUUCACCAAAGACCAUACAAUACGCAAAAAAGAGGAAGUGUCUUCUGAGUCGGUCGGGACAUCGGGCCAGAGACCGGUCUUCUGUCCGGUGCACAAACAAGAGGCUCUUAAACUCUUCUGCGAGACGUGUGACACUUUAACCUGCCGAGACUGUCAGCUGCUGGAGCACAAAGAGCACAGGUACCAGUUUCUAGAGGAAGCUUUUGAGAACCAAAAAGGCAUCAUUGAAACAUUUAUGUCCAAGUUGCACGAGAAGAGAAACUUUGUGGAGUUUUCUGUGUCUCAGGUGCAGAACAGAAUCAAAGAAGUGGCAGAAACACACAAGAAGGUUGAACAUGAAAUAAAGAUAGCAGUGUUUACUCUCAUCAAUGAAAUUAACAAGAAGGGCAAAUCUCUACUGCAGCAGUUGGAGACUGUGACCAAAGAGAGAAGCAUAAAGCUGCUCAGCCAGCAGAGGGACAUCAGUAUUUUGGCCCAGCAGAUCAUUCAUGUGCUCAACUUCACCAACUGGGCCAUCAGCAAUGGCAGCAGUACAGCAUUGCUCUACAGCAAGAGACUGAUAACAUACCAGCUGCGUUUCAUUAUGAAGGCCCGUGUGGACCCGGUACCUCAGGCUAAUGGUGCAGUCCGCUUCUUCUGCGACCCCACCUUCUGGGCCAAGAAUGUGGUUAACCUCGGCAAUUUGGUCAUCGAAAAAGUUCCACCUACUGCUCCACCCAACAUGAUGGUCGGUCAACAGAUCUCUCCCAGUCAUAAUCACCCCGGAAAGCACUCGGGUCAGAUCAACCUCGCUCAGCUGCGACUGCAGCACAUGCAGCAGCAGCAGGCUGCAUUGGUGGCUCAUAAGCAGCAACAGCAACAACAACAACAUCAUCAGCAACAACAACAACAACAACAACAACAGCAGCAGCAUCAACAACAACAGCAUCAGCAACAGAUUCAGCAACAGAUGCGAAUCGCCUCGCAAUUGUCACAGCAUCCCAGACAGGGAGCACCCCAGCAGAUGAUGCAGCAGCAGCCGCCGAGGCUCAUUAGCAUGCAGAGCCUCCAAAGGGGCGGAGUUAAUGGCUCCUCCCACAUGUAUCCACCUCAACAACUACGCUUGAUGUCAGGGCAGAACCGUAUGCCUUCAGGGCAGCCCAGACUCAACGGCCAGCCGUAUCCCAUGAUGCAGCUUCAGAGACAGCACUCAAACCCAGGGCACGUGGGUCCUUUCCCUGUAACAUCGCUGCACAACGUUAGCGCUGCCAACCCCACCAGUCCCACCAGUGCUAGUAUGGCUAAUGCUCUUGUUCACCGAGGUCCCACCAGUCCUGUCAUGGCCCCCAUAGAGCUCAUACCAUCAGUCACCAACCCUGAAAACCUGCCCUGCCUGCCCGACAUCCCUCCCAUUCAGCUGGAAGAUGCCGGUUCGAGUACGCUGGAUAACAUCCUCAGUCGAUAUAUAUCUGCUAAUUCAUAUCCUACUGUUGGCCCCAUCAGCACCUUAAAUCCUUCACCAGGACCUUCUACACAUUCUCCAGGAUCAUCAGGUUUAUCUAAUUCUCACACUCCAGCUCGUCCAUCCAGCACAUCAAGCACAGGCAGUCGGGGAAGUUGUGGGUCAGCUGGUAGACCUGGCACAGGGAACACAACUGUGGACCAAAUAAAGGUUAAACAGGAACCAGGAGCAGAGGAAGAGUGUGGCUACUCGGGAACAAACGUCAAAACAGAACGGGGCAAAGAUGGCAGACGGAGUGCUUGCAUGAUGAGCAGUCCAGAAGGAGGCGUAACACCACCUCUUCCUGUCCUCUCGUCCGUGUCCACCGGUUCAGUCCAGGACAUGUUAAAAUCACUCGGUGAGAACGUCAAAUCAGAACCACAGACCGAGCAGCUCUCAUCUUGUACGAACCCCAGCUCUCGCACGCCUAUGACCAAUGGGAGGACUCAGUCAAACGGAAGUCAGAUGAGGCCUUCGCUUUCCCAUCGAGGCAACACGACCACCGCUAACACCCAGACGGGUGCUGGUAAAGAAGACGACCCGAAUGAGGACUGGUGCGCGGUGUGUCAAAACGGAGGAGAGCUGCUGUGCUGUGAUCGCUGUCCUAAAGUCUUCCACAUUAACUGCCACAUCCCGACUCUUAAAUCCUCUCCCAGUGGAGACUGGAUGUGCACGUUCUGCAGAAAUCUGAUAAACCCAGAGAUUGAGUACAACUGUGAUGACAGCCCACCAAAUAAGAAAGACAAAAAUGAGACGGCGAUGAGCCCAGAAGACCAACGACGAUGUGAGCGUCUGCUGUUGCAUGUGUUCUGUCAUGAGCUCAGCGUGGAGUUUCAAGAGCCUGUUUCUCCAUCGGUACCCAAUUACUAUAAAAUUAUAAAGCAACCAAUGGAUUUAACCCUUGUGAAAAUGAAACUACAGCGGAGACAUCCUCUUCAUUACAAGAGCCCCAAAGACUUUGUGUCCGACGUGCGUCUGGUCUUUAGCAAUUGUGCCAAAUACAAUGAGAUGUCUCGAAUAAUCCAGGUUUAUGAUGAGGACAAACAGAGUAAUGUUCAGGCGGACUCAGAAGUUGCACAAGCCGGAAAAGCCGUCGGUAUGUACUUUGAAGAAAAACUGCUGGAGAUUUUUCCUGAUCAAACGUUCCCGGUACCCAUGGAGAAGGAGGAGCCAGCCGACGGCGACAAGGAGGAUGCUGAGGACUCUGACGAUGACGUCGUACAACCGAAACGCAAACGUUUAAAAGUAGAUGCCGAGAUGUUUCUGCUUAUAAAAUGAGGAGACUGAGGGAUUCGGCUUCAGCGAAGAAAUAAAUCGAGUCUUCCUCGUGACCUCUGACGUAUUCUGGUCUGUGAAAAUCAAAUGAUGGAUCUGAUGGUUAUUUAUGUCAUGUUCUUCUCACCCUGCCGAUCCAUUGUACAUACUGUGUAGGAACUUGCAUUGUGGGUGUUGAAGUUAUCAUCGACGGUUUUCUCUCUUGAAGGAGAGAAGUCAUUGGGUGUCAGUGAAGAGACUUGUACAAAUUUACAUAGGUCAUGUUUUGGUCUGAUUUAGUAAAUAACAUGCUUCUUUUUCUUUUAAACUGUUGGAUAUUAUUAUAUUUGUAAAUCUAUUGUGAAUGAUACUUUAUAAAUGAUACUCAUUUCUCCCUUCCGUUGUAUGAUAAACUUUAUCAUUUAUGACCCA